CCGGCCAUUGCACCUGUCAUUCACUAACCGGCGUGCGCGGUGUCUGUGCACUAUACUUGAGUUUUGCGGUAGGAUUCCGCACUCGCGGCCUAGUGCCAGUGGGUAGAUCUGCAACAUGCGGGCUCUCCUUUUGGGCAUUGUUGUCCUGUGCCUCUUUGCAGGGCUGACUAGAGCAGAGGAUGCUGAAGAUUCCAGCGCUCCCAGGGUGGAUCAGGAUUUGGGCAGCAGCCGCGAUGGCUCGCGAACAGACGACGAAGUUGUGGAGAGGGAAGAGGAGGCCAUAAAGCUGGACGGUUUGAAUGUGGCCCAAAUGAAGGAGAUGCGAGAGAAGGCCGAGAAGCAUGCCUUCCAGGCGGAGGUUACGCGAAUGAUGAAGUUGAUCAUCAACUCUCUGUACCGAAACAAGGAGAUCUUCCUGAGAGAAUUGAUAUCGAACGCAUCCGACGCCUUGGACAAGAUCAGGCUUCUCUCACUGACGAAUCCUGAUGUGCUAAACUCGAAUCCUGAGUUGACGAUACGAGUGAAGAGUGACAAAGAAAAUGGACUGCUGCACAUAAUAGACACUGGCAUUGGCAUGACUAAAAUGGACCUGGUCAACAACUUGGGUACCAUAGCCAAGUCGGGUACAGCAGAGUUUUUACAAAAGGUUACAGAAACUGCUGAAGCUCCUAAGGAACUCAACGACCUCAUUGGCCAGUUUGGUGUGGGCUUCUAUUCUGCGUUUUUGGUGGCCGACCGUGUCAUUGUGACCAGCAAGAAUAAUGAGGAUGAGCAGCACGUGUGGGAGUCGGACUCUGGCGAGUUCACAGUGGCCAAGGAUCCCCGAGGUAACACGCUUGGCCGUGGUACCCAGGUGACUCUGCAGCUGAAAGAGGAGGCCCGGGACUUCUUGGAGCUGGACACACUCAAAAGGCUGAUUGAGAAGUACUCUCAGUUCAUCAACUUCAACAUCUACCUGUGGACAUCCAAGACUGAAACUGUGGAGGAACCUGUGGAGGAGGCCAAGCCUGAUGUUGAAGGAAAGGAAGAGAAAGAUGAAGACAAGGUUGAGGAGGAAGAAGAUGAUGAGCCCAAGACAAAGAAGGUUGAGAAGACCACAUGGGACUGGGAGCUCAUCAACAGUGCCAAGCCUAUCUGGACACGUAAGCCAGCUGAAAUUGAAGACAGUGAGUAUGAAGAAUUCUAUAAGGCCAUCACUAAGGACACCAAGGCACCGCUAGCCAAAACCCAUUUCAUAGCAGAGGGGGAGCUGACCUUUAAGGCAUUGCUCUACAUACCAUCAGUGCAACCGACAGAGUCCUUCAAUCGAUAUGGAGGGAAGGUGGAUCACAUCAAGCUCUAUGUUCGGCGUGUGUUCAUCACUGAUGACUUUCAGGAUAUGAUGCCCAGUUACCUCAGUUUCAUCCGUGGUGUUGUUGACUCCGAUGACUUGCCGUUGAAUGUGAGCCGCGAAACACUGCAGCAGCACAAAUUGCUUAAGGUAAUCAAGAAGAAACUUGUGCGCAAGGCAUUGGACAUGAUGAAGCGCAUUCCCGCUGAACAAUACGAGCAGUUCUGGAAAGAAUAUUCUACCAACCUGAAGCUGGGAAUCAUUGAGGACACUACAAACCGCACUCGGCUGGCAAAGCUGGUGCGCUUCCACUCGUCGCAUGGUGAAAACCUAACAUCCCUGUCCGAGUAUGUUUCACGUAUGAAAGAUGGUCAGCAGACCAUCUACUACAUGGCCGGAGCAUCUCUUGAUGAAGUGAAACGCUCUCCCUUUGUGGAGCGUCUGCUGAAGAAGGGCUAUGAAGUGCUUUACCUAGUGGAGCCUGUAGAUGAGUACUCCAUCUCGUCACUGACAGAGUUUGAGGGCAAGAAAUUCCAGAAUGUGGCCAAGGAAGGUCUCAAGGUGGAUGAGGGCACCCGGGCACGUGAACGUCACGAUGCGAUUGCACGCGAGUUUGAGCCACUGACGAAGUGGUUGGAAGAUGAAGUAUUCAAGGGACGCAUUCUCAAGGCCAUGAUCUCUGAGCGGCUUGCCACUUCUCCGUGUGCCCUUGUAGCCAACCAGUUUGGCUGGACAGGCAACAUGGAGCGACUUGCACGGAGCAAUGCUCAUGCCAAAUCGCACGACACAAUGAGGGACUACUACCUCAGCCAGAAGAAGAACAUGGAGCUGAACCCAAGGCAUCCGCUCAUCAAGGAGCUUCUGCGCCGUGUCAAGGAUGACAAGAAUGACCCACAGGCACGCAACAUGGCAGAGCUGGUGUACGAGACUGCAACACUCCGUUCGGGCUUCCUUCUUGAAGACACACUUGCAUUUGCUGAGCGCGUGGAGACUCUGAUGAGAAAGACACUUGGGCUUCCAGAAGAUCAAGGGGUGGAUGAGGAGCCAGAUGAAGAUGCAUUUGAGGAGGGAAUUCCCAUAGAUCUAGGCAAGAAGGAUGAUGAGAAACCAGAAGAGGAGGAGGAACCGAGGGAUGAGCAUGAAGAACUAUAGAACAAGAAAAUCUGGGACAAACUUUCAUGUAUAGGUCGACGCCUUUCACUGCUCAUGUCAUCGUCACCCUUGUAUAUUUAUGCUGGCCUCGUGCUGGUGCUGUUUUUGUCUUUACUGUGAAAUAAAGCCUUUGUUCAUGUUUACAAGGUAGGCCUCUUUUCCGCUGUGUUUUGCAAGUUGGGUGCAUGCCGAAUGGUAAUGAGCUUAGCUAUUUUAGUGCUUUCGCACAGAAGUGCAUCGAAUUCAGCAAGCUGCUUGACUGUAUACUUGAGCCAUUACAAAAUAAUCGCACCUAUAGUGGAGGCAGCUCUAUGAAGCUUUCAUUUUCCACAGCAUGAAACCAUAUAAGGAACCAAUUAAAGGGCUUGCAGGCAGAGAGGAGCUUCGCUUGGCCAGCUUGCUUGGGGCGCAUCUGUCCACUGCAUUACAAUGUACUUGAAGGGGGCAGUGUGUUCACAGGUGGCACAUGGAUGCCAGCCCAUGAGACGGUAGCACCACUGCUAGUAUCAAUCGCAUAGGGCUUCCAGUUGUGCAUUCCUGCUGUUGUCAGUCGUGCUACUUGUGUGCUGCUAUGGAGGGCGUCGAACUUUGUCUUGGUGAUUUUUUUUCAAGUUUUUGUUCAAACGCCGUAUUCACUUAAGGGCUUGCUUUUUCUUGAAGUGUUCCAGUUUAAAUUGUACACAAUAGGGUUUUUCCUGCAACAUAAAGCUGUGAAUGCAAUAUAAAUUCAAUUACUUUUAAUUGUCCACCUUUGGAAUAACUCAUGCAAGUGACUUGUACUUAAUGUCAAAUCAAUAAAUUCAUUAAUGAAUUAUAUAAAUGUGCUGUUGGCUUGCGUUACUCAUAUUUCGUGAAUAAUUUAGAAUUAGCUAAAUUAAUAACAUUAUUCACCUAUCUCCAAUAGAGUGUUGAGCUUGGGAGUUUUAUAAAUUAAGUCUCAUUGCAGAAUGUCCAUGCAUUUUUUGAGUGAUAUGCGCAUAUGAAGGAGUAGGUUUUCACUGAUAAAUUUUUUCAUGAGAGACGUGAUUGUAAGAAUUGUAUGUGCAUUUCCAUAAUUGAUUUUCUGCAGCCUAAAGAUGUACAAGUGGCAGUUGUGGCUUCUUUGGCUGACUAUUGUAUAACGCUUCAUUUCAUACUGCCAAAUUUUAUGUAACAAGUUGGCUCUUGCUUCUUUUCAAUAUGUUUAGUUCAAUAUGUUUAGACCCUCUCAUGCAAUACUCCGCCUUGGAGCAUCUGAGGACCUUGAACAAUUUAGUGCCCUUUCACUCUGCGAAGCAGGAUAACCAGCGAAGCUGUAUUGGGAUGACCAUAUUGACAAGUAUAUUGUUUUAUAUUGGUUGCCUUAUUGAUCGAAUAAAGACACAAACACUAGUUUUUAUCUUUA